AUCCUGCUACCUCCAUCACAGCGAAUGCCAAACACAACAGACUACAAAUCCACCACUGUAGGAGUUUCCGGCCAAUGUAAGCCGAUCACGCACAAAUGCAGCCCUCGAAGGGAAGACAAUAUUUCUGUUCGCACAGUAUUCAAUUGUUCAGAGGCCUUUCAUGGAAUCAACGGGCAGCCGCCUGUUGUACCGUUGAAUCAAUCAUUCACCAUCUUGGAUCCAGAUACACCUCCGCUGAUUCAACUGCAACUUCAGCAGCCCCAGCUGGGCCAUACGAUUUGGAACAUCACCGGACGGACCGUGUCCGACGGACGACGAGCUGCUCACGAAACUCCACCUAGGCGUAGUAGGGCGGAUCAACCUGCUCUCGACACAAGCUGGCCCCGACCUAAGCCAAGACCCAGGCCUUUUCACUGAACUCCAAACAGCCAUGGACUUCGUGUUCGAAUGCGGUUUCGAAGCCCGGGACGUCGAGUACCUGUGGGCGCGCGGCGCUGUGCGCAGCUACACACUGACACCAGCCCAACAGCAGCCUGCUGAUGCUGUAUUUCGGCACGAUGCAGUACUACCAACAGGCCCCUCAAGACGACGCGCCUGACGACAUCAGCACAAUGGCAGUCCAGGGCAACAGCACAGCGAUGGGAGACACGUGCUCGCGGCUAUCCAGCACGCGCAUCCUCACCGUCAUUGGCUCAUACUCAGGUCCUCGCCCGAAUCUGGCCGAGCAGGAGCGCAAGACCGUCCUCGUCGCUCGCGUCCAGAUCGGCAGCCUCGCCUUCGUCUUAUCCUGUGGUGCGGCCUACGUCGUCCUCAUCUGCGCCGUCGCCAUCUCCGCGCUCCGGUGCCUC